UCUGUGCUCGAGGGAGUGAUUUCAGUGAACGAGAAAUAUGAGUCAUUGCAUUUCGUGAACGAGAACGAUUCGUUCACUUAAAAGAUUCGUUCAAAAAGAACGAUUCGUUCACGAACGAAACGUCACUACAUGUAGCCCGCUCCAGCUAGUGAACAUAAACACGAGGCUGCUGUACAUGGAAGUUAAAAGAAGUGAAGAAACAGCUGAGACGGACUGAGUCGGGACAAACGUAACCUGAAACGGAUAAGGAGGCUUUGAGAACUGCUGGAUAACAAGACCUAUAACAGAUCUAAUGGAACUGAAAGAAACAUCAGUAUAUCCUCAUUGUGGAAAUGGAUGUGAAAGUAAAGAGCACAUAAGAAUCCACACUGGAUAAAAGCCUUUCACCUGCUCUCAGUGUGAAAAACAUUUCUCAAGCCAAGGAAGACUUACUGCUCACAUGAGAUUUCACACUGGAGAGCGUCCAUUCACUUGUGUUCAGUGUGGAAAGAGUUUUUCAGAUAAAAAAAAUCUUGAUACCCACAUGAGAACUCACACUGGAGAGCGUCCAUACACAUGUGUUCAGUGUGUAAAGAGUUUUUCAGAUAAAAUAAAUCUUGAUUCCCAUAUGAGAUUUCACACUGGAGAGCGUCCAUACUCAUGUUUUCAGUGUGUAAAGAGUUUCACAUAUAAAAUAAUUUUUGAUUUCCACAUGAGAUUUCAUACUGGAGAUUGUCCAUACUUUUGUUUUCAUUGUGUAAAGAGUUUCAUACAAAAAAAUAGUUUUGAUUUCCACAUUAGAUUUCAUACUGGAGAGCGUCCUUACUUUUGUUUUCAUUGUGUAAAGAGUUUCUCUCAUAAAAAUAGUCUUGUUGUCCACAUGAGAAUUCAUACUGGAGAUUGUCCUUACACAUGUCCUCAGUGUGUAAAGAGUUUCACACAAAAAAAUAGUUUUGAUUUCCACAUUAGAUUUCAUACUGGAGAGCGUCCGUACACAUGUUCUCAGUGUGAAAAGAGUUUCUUACAAAAAUACAGUCUUGUUUUCCACAUUAGAUUUCAUACUGGAGAGCGUCCUUACACUUGUCCUCAGUGUGAAAAGAGUUUCAUACAAAAAAUCAGUCUUGAGACCCACAUGAGAAUUCACACUGGAGAGUGUCCGUACUUGUGUGUUCACUGUGGAAAGAGUUUCACAUACAAGAGAAAUCUUGAUACCCACAUGAGAACUCAUACUGGGGAAAAGCCACAGGUUUAGUGUGAUAAGAGUUUCAAACUGAAAAGUCUUAAGAAACACCAGCUAAAAUUCAUGCUAAAGUGCGCCCGUACAUAGUCUGUGGUGUGGAAGGAGUUUGCCAAUUAAAGGAAAACUUACUGUAGACAUGAGAACUUGCACUGGAGAGCACACACAACCAUGUCUGAUGCCGCUAGGUGUCAACAAGCUUCAACGGAAUAAAAUGCAUGAAAAUGCGAAAAACCCUGCAAAUCAAGAAAACAUCAUCAGUUUGAUAACAAAUGCGCUGCAAAAAUUCACAAUAUAACCAAAUACCGAAUUGUGAUGCAAGCAGGAGAGAAAACAACGGAAACAUUUCCAACCGGAUGCAGAAAGUGAAAAACCCGACUGGGACGUGCUCGUAUUUGCAUGUACAAACCAUAAUAAAUAUUAACCAAAUAAUUUUACUGCAUCCUUUCUUAAGGCAGACGUAAGCGCAUGUUUUAAUUAUUUGUUUUUAGUUGAUGUUUCUUAUGUUGUAUACAACGAAGAGCAAUGUGCAAUAAAAACGCAAGCUACACGAUUUUUCCUUUUUGAGACAAAAGCAUUAAAACCAACCAGCUUAUGCUAAACAAAGGAGAAAAACUAAUUAUAAAAUGUAAAUAAAUCAAGGCAAACUGAUUAGGGUUUUUUACGCAACUUAACAGAGUCAAUAAAGAUUACAAUCCAACACAGCAGAGUAUUAUUAAAGUUUGAAAUGGGCCAGUAUUUUGCCUUACAUAGCACCGAGACUGCAUUGCUAAAAGUAACAAAUGACAUCCUGUGCUGCCUGGAUUCUGGAGAUGGGACUAUCUUAGUUCUUUUGGAUCUCAGUGCAGCAUUUUACACGCUAGAUCACACUAUCCUAUUAAAUCGUCUAGAGAAAGUGGACGGCAUUCAGGGGGUUGCAUUGAAAUUGUUUUUUUUCAUAUUUUAAGGGACGAACCUUCUCAGUAAAAAUGGGCAAACACAAUUCAUCCACAACAGUGAUCACAUGUGGUGUCCCACAAGGUUCCAUCUUGAGUCCACUGAUUUUUUCAUGCUUCCUCUUGGAUCGAUCUUUGAGAAGCAUGAUGUCUCUUAUCAUUGUUAUGCUGACGACACUAUUGUAUCUCCCGGUCAAGUCUAGCAAAGGAAACUCGAUUCUAAAUUUUAUUUCAUGUCUGGAGGAAGUUAUAAUUUUGCUGUCGAAAAACGUUUUAAUGCUAAACGAUGAUAAAAUGGAAGUCACUGCUUUUGGAUCUUCAUUGUGUGUCACUGAGAUCGGUAACCAACUAGGCUCCUUGUCUUUAACACUGCAAAACAGGGUCAAGAACUUAAGCGUUGUCUUUGACUCUGAUAUAUUAUUAGAUAAACAGAUAAAUUCAGUUGUUAGGAAGGAAGUUUCUUUUAUCUCUGAUCCAUCGCCAAAUUAAAACAGUUUCUCUUGAAGAAGGACUUAGAAAUAGUGAUUCACGCACUUAUCACAUGUCGGCUUGAUUAUCGUACCUCAUUAUAUAUCUAAAUCCUCCUUACAUCAUUUGCAGCUGGUUCAGAAUGCGACAGCGAGGCUUUUGACAAGUACUAGGAAAAGAGAGCACAUUUCCCUGCAUUGGCUACCAGUUAAAUACAGAAUUGAUUUUAAGGUUUUGUUGUUUGUUUUUAAGUCUCUACAUGGGUUAGCACCCCAGUAUAUUGUCGACCUCCGCUCUGGAAACCAAUUGCUCUUUUCUGUUCCCGGUUAAAAUCCAAGGGCGAUAGAGCUUUUUCAAUAGCAUCACCCAAACAGUGGAAUGCAUUUCAGUUGCCGUAAGAUCUUCUCCUAUGUUGGUCAUUUUAAAAUCCAGAUUGAAGACUCACUUAUUCUCUUCAGCUCAUGGUGUUGCUUGAGAAUGUUGGGGUUGUAUAGCUGUUGUUUUAUCCUGCUGGCUUUUAUUUGUGUUUGUAUGAGUUCUAAUUUAUUUAAAAAUAUUUUUAAUACUGUAAUUUAUGUUUAUACAUUGUACAGCACUUUGGCACGAUGCCCGUUGUUUUUAAAUGUGCUCUAUAAAUAAACGUGAACUUGAACUGUAAUACCGAUUGCACAGACAUGUCACAACACAUUAGAUACACCGUGUUAUUUAGUGUGUUUUUUUAUUUGCCCGUACAGGCAUGGUACAAUUAAUAUCAGAAACCUUUUUGUAAAAGUCACAAGUAACGCCAAGUGUGCUGGACACUGUUUAACGGUGCACAAUUUGAAUAUUUGAGCUCAAUUUUUUUUUACAUUUAUUUAAAAUAGGUUUGAGGGAUUAUUUUUAAUCAUUUAGAUUUUGGCACCAUUUAGAUAUCUAAAACAAGCGCAAAAUAUGGAAUGUGAGUUUGUAAAAAAGUACUUAUGUCUUCCUUUAGUGUAAAGAAAAAAAUGUAAAAUAAUUUGGUUAAUAUGUUUAUUAUGGUUUGUAGAUGCAAAUAAACUACAAGCACGUCCCAGUAGGGUUCGUCACUAUUUGCGUCCCGUUAGAUACAUUUCCAUUUGGUUGUGUUGUGAGUUUUUGCAGCGCAUGUGUUGUCAAACUGAUAUUGUUUUCUUGAUUUUCUGGGGAUUUUCUAAUUGCGUGUUUUCUUACGUUGCAGUGGAUCAACACCUAACAUCCACUGUACAGUACUUAUGAGUGUAAAAAGUGUUUCACAGAGGUUUUGUUCUCACUGUCUGUGUUUAGAAUUGUCUUACAGGAUUUAAGUACAGGUGUGAGUCUGAAAAUGUUCUGUUCAAACAGCGGCUCACAGCUGAAACACUCUGUAUGAACGUGGUGCAUAUGCUUUAGUAUGCAGAUUGUUUUUAUUAUAAACCGGUUAACUGCACUCAAGGAGGACUUUUGUUUGUGCGUGUGAUGUUUGUUCAUUUUUAUAUGAUCAAAUAUAAUAUUGUGUAUUGUCUGCUGCUGUUGUUUUAGUUGUUAUAAUGUGAUAUUUUAAACAGCAGAGGUUGUCAGCAAUGUUCCUGCAUUUUAUAGUCUGUUGGUAUAUAGGCAGUACAUGACAUUUCUGAAUCAGUCAGAACUGAUGUUGCCUCCUCAGCCGAUGAUGACGACACCACCAACAACAACAACAACAGAGAUUAUAUUUAUCUUUACUGGUACAGACAAUAUCCAAACAGAGA